AUUAUUCAGGAGCCGGCAGUACACAGAAAAGCUCGUUACAUGCUCCCCUUUCCCAUGAUCCGCUGAAGCUCACUCAUGUCCCGGGUGAUCAGAGGGAUUGGCUGUAUUGCAUCUGUCUCUACUGUUCUGACUAUUUGUGUCUUUCCUUGGAAGUCCCACCCAUCUUUCAAGUUCAGAUCUAGCAUUGCAUCUAUCACCUGUACCACACAAGCAAUGGCUUGGUCUUCUCAAAGACUGACUUCCUCUUUCAGGAAAUAUGCAAAAGUGAGAAGUUGUCAAGGCAGUGAAUGAGAGAGACCUAAAGGAAAUUCAGGCUGAACCACAAGUCCUUGCCGGGUGUUGGCAUCAGUCACCACCACGGCCAGGAGAGGAGACAGGACCAUGUGGCUGUUCCCUGCUCUGCUCCUCUUCAUCCCAGGCUGCUCCACUGCUCAGGAUCCAAUCACAGGUCCAGACACGGUGAGAGGUCAGGUGCAGGGCUUCUUGACUGUGCAGUGCCGUUAUGCCUCAUCCUGGAAGGAUUACAAGAAAUACUGGUGCCAAGGAGCUGUUUGGAGAACAUGUGAGAUCCUCAUUCAAACCGAUGCAUCAGAGCAGUUGGUGAAGAAGGACCGUGUGUCCAUCAGGGAUGACCAGACAGACUUCAUCGUCACAGUGACCAUGGAGGACCUGAGGAUAAGUGAUGCUGGCAUUUACUGGUGUGCGAUUCAGAGAACUGGAUUUCAUCCCCAUUUUGAAGUUAAUGUGAAUAUUGACCCAGCGUCAACCACCAUGGCCCCAGUCCUGACAACCACAGCGUCAACCAUGGAGAACACUGGCAACUAUGGAGGGACUCAAACCAACACCCACACCUGGCCCCUGCUGAGCAGCAUCUACUUCCAGCUCCUGGUCUUUCUGGAGGUGCCCCUGCUCCUGGGCAUGCUCAGUGCAGUCCUCUGGGUGAACAGACCUCAGAGGUGCUCUGGGGGAGGUGAAGUUGACCUGGUGAAGGCCCAGAGUUCUGAUGCCCAGUAAGGGAGAAACACCUUCCAAAAGACACAAAAUACUAUUUCUCUCCCUGGUGUGUGUGUGUGUGUGUGUGUGUGUGUGUGUGUGUGUGUGUGUGUUUACACAUUGUGGGUGCAUAUGUGUAUGUGGAGGACAAAUUUAGGUGUCAUUGUACUGUUGUCUGAGACAGGAUUUCUCAUUGCCCUGGACUUUUGCUAAGUAGACCAGGCUAGCUAGUGGGGAACUCCAGGGACCUACCUGACUCUACCUCCUAUCUGGACAUUACAAGCACACAAAACUGCCCCAGCUUACAACACACACACACACACACACACACACACACACACACACACGUCAAAACAAAAUAAAAAACCCAUGGGCUGUGGUGAUACACUCAUGUGCUUGUACUUACAAUGAAGGCAAGCUCUUUACCAACUGAGCCGUCUCCCCAGCCUAGAAAAGAAUAUUUCUAUGAGGAAAUGACUGUGGUCAGCAGUGCCAUGACUCUGGGGUACUGUGGGGUCAGCCACCUCUUAUAGCAGGGACAGCUGAGAAUCUGGAACCCACUCAGGUUCUCCCUUUCUCAGAACAUUCUACAGUGCUUCCUAGGCCUUUCUUCCUCUGAUGGCCUCCAGUG